AGAGUGGACAUAUAAAUUCGUCGGGUGCCAUUGGGUGGCAUGACACUAUGAUUCGGUUUUGCAUAUGCUCUCACUUGAUUUUGUUCCGGCAUUUCCAUCAUCGGUGGAUGUAGAGUCUGCAAGGAGAUUUUCAACAUGGGGGACAACGAUUACAGAGAAAGGCAAGGAUCAGAUCAUAGUAAUGACUUUAAGUCAAGCAAAGCCAAGUGGAAAUUCGUGUGUGUGUUAAUCGUGCUGCAAACCAGGCUCCUGUACACCUGCGCUGCCAAGAUUUACAGUGACCCCAACUACUCGUUCGUGCUGAAUGCCACGGAAGCGCCACUCCUGGGCCGCAACUACGAUUACAUUAUAGUCGGAGGAGGAACAGCAGGAUGCCCCUUGGCGGCGACUCUUUCACAGAACUUCUCGGUGCUGCUCUUGGAACGAGGAGGCCAGCCAUACCAAAAUGACCUUGUGGAGAAUCUCGUAGGCUUCUAUCCAAAUUUGCAGCUCGACACUAGCACCUCCGCGUCGCAGUCAUUCACCUCUGAAGAUGGAGUACCUAACCAGCGUGCUCGUGUCCUCGGAGGCGGUAGUGCCGUCAAUGCCGGCUUCUUUACGUUUGCGGAUCCUCAAUUUGUUGCCGAGAUGAACUGGGAUGUCAUCCUAGUAAACGAAUCGUUUACAUGGGUUGCGGAUGAAGUUGCGCAAAUUCCAACUAUACAAGUUUUCCAAAGCGCUGCAAGAGACGCAUUGCUUGAGGCUGGCGUGACCCCCUUCAACGGCGAGACAUAUGAUCACUUGAUCGGCACAAAGGUUGGAGGAUCCCUAUUCGACAGCAAUGACCGCCGCCACACUGCUGCUGACCUUCUCACCUAUGCCAACCCCGAUAAUCUCGAUGUCUACAUUUGGGCCAGCGCUCAACGGCUGGUCUUCGCAACUGGAGUGGGACCGAACGGCGAUAGGCAACCGAGGGCAAUUGGCGUGGAGUACACAGAUUUGGAAGGCUACAGCCACACAGUUCUACUGAAUGACAAUCCUGGCAGCGAGGUGAUCCUCACAGCAGGUGCAUUAGGUAGCCCAGUGCUGCUCAUGCUGAGCGGCAUAGGCCCAGCCGAUCACCUCGCCGACUUUAACAUUGCCGCCAUCCUUGACAACCCCGCUGUCGGGUCGCGCAUGGCGGACAAUCCUACGAACUCCAUGUGGGUACUCACCAACCAGGAGGUGGAAGUCACACUGAUCCAGGUAGUGGGGAUCACAAGCUGGGGGAGCUACAUCGAAAUCUCGAGUGGCCAAUCGGAGGCUCUAAUCGGAGCAUUCGAAAGCACCCCUCUGUCCACCACAUCAAGCAGGAGCAACAAGCUCAACAAUAGCACCGUCACUGCAACUUCCUUGCAAGACACAAUUACUGCCGCCAUUCGCGAGGUACCGGAGCAGUUUCGAUAUCAAGCAGUGUGGGGUGGCACCAUCCUGCAGAAAAUCUGGGGGCCUUUGUCGAGGGGGCUGCUUCGACUCUCGAGCUUGAACGCUGUUGACAAUCCCCGUGUCUGGUUUAACUACUUCCAGGAGCAGGUCGACUUGGCCAUAUGUGAGCAGGGCAUCCGUGCGGUGCUAGAUACGUUAGCAUCGCCCUCUCUGGCUAGGCUGCAGUAUACGAACGAUACCAUUCCUUUCAUCCUGCAGCCUGUGAACGACGCCGUGGUAGGUGCUCGGCCGCAGCGGGACCUAUCAAAUUCCACCCAGGACACGAUCAACAUUCGGCAGUGGUGCAUGGAUAGCGUCAUGACGAUUUGGCAUUACCACGGCGGGUGCGUAGUUGACGACGUGGUCCGGCGGGACUACCGCGUCAUAGGGACGCAGUCGCUGCGUGUGAUAGAUGGGUCCACGUUCGCACGAUCACCCGGGGCGAAUCCUCAAGCCACUGUGAUGAUGUUGGGAAGGUACAUGGGGGUACAAAUUCUUCGCGAGAGGCUUGGCUCUGAAGCCGGGGUUUAAUUCCACUACUAUUGUGGAGUACCCCACAACGCAUCAGAGUAUGAGGUUUAGCCUUCCCGGGAACACCAAGCGUCAAGUAAUGCGGGCUCCACAAGUCAGGAUGAAUCAGUUGAAUGUGAGUUCGAUCAACACCCAGAUCUGACCACAUAUUAUGUAAAAAACAUGUCGUUGGUGAACACAAUGCACAAUGCGUCAGAUCCUUGGGUAUUCAACCAUUGAGGCCCAUGGGUGUGACUACAAUUUCACCUUCGAGGGUAGCAAGUUUUUGAAGUAUUUCCCCCACUUAAGUUUCAGGAGAGGUAACUAGAUAUUUGUAAUCAUCUCCAUUAUGGAAAUGAAUUCAUCCCUCGGGUUGCGUUACUGGAGUUGCUAAAUCUAGUGAUUUCCGGAGUAUUCAUGCACUAUUUCAGCAUCAACUCAGUCACUAACUUUCAUACAGAAGUGCACAAUGAACUUCUGAACAAAGACUAACACCUACACACUUCGAGGAUUAGGCAUGUGAAUAGUGAUCCAAAAGCAAAACCCAUCACCAGACCCCAUUGGGGAAAAUGCAAAAGCCAACACGACGACGUAAUUAGCCACGACGUCAAUCGUGAUGCUCUCCUAAAACUAGACUUCCUGCUAUGGGCACUAGCACACUGGAACAUACGAGAUAUAGGUGCAUCAUCUGGAAGACCACUAGGACAUGCGAAAAUUCUUCGUUCGCAGCCGCUGAUUACUCGAUUGCCGGAGUCAAGGCAUGGAUAUGGCCUGACCGGGUCCUAUGCGGCCCCAACCAACCCAUAAGAACUAAUCCUUAGGAUCCAGAUUCUGCGACGAAAACAUAAACAAAGCUGGGCUAUGGAGCAGUGGCCGAUAAGAGUUGACUUCAUAGUAUCAAUUUUUCUAUCAGAAGCAGAAUCAGUCUGCAAGAUUCGUAUCCUUCUCACACUUGUGAAGCUCGCUUAGAAAAUUGUUCUCCUUAUCUUCUGCAUGCCCUCCAAAAAUUGCUCAGCAUAUUGUGGACAUUAAGAAGGAACUGAGACGGAUUGUAGUACAGUGUGUGCAACUAAUAAUAAAUUGCUCAAAUGUUCACGGUGUUGAGCUUUGUGUACUGUUCUAUA